AACCUAAAAGGAACGUAGCCUACGUGCUUCCCGCUUGUAGACAUCUGUGGUGCAAAGUGAACUACACAAAACCAGUUUAUUGGUCACAUAUUAUCUAAAAUAUCUUAUAAGAUAAUAUGCAACUAAUAAACUAGUUGUGUAACACAGUACACGCAACUGGAAAGCACCCAAUAAUAAGUCGGGCGACUUUUUAUUUUCUUACGUAGAUCAGAGAGAGAUAAACGUAGGAACGACGCAAUUUACCGGUGCGUUAGUUUAUGGUAGUUAAAUAAUUAGCUAACAAUUAGAUAAAACAAUCGCUUCAAACAUGCCGAAACGCGCUUGUCCUUACGACGAGGAUUUGUUGCCACAGAUAAAAGUGCACGUGGGACAGAAACAAGUAGACAACGGUGUCUCUAGUGCUGAGAGGAUGAAAGAUGUUUACGAUAAAACUUUAAGUCUGCUUAAAGCAGGUGCAAAAGAAAUGUCAAACAAAUUGAACAAAUCUGUACAAAUAGAUUCUGUAGACCUAUCUACAGACUUACCUUUGCCUCAGCCACCAUCGUCUUGUAAAUUAAAAUCUGAAUCUAGAUCAAAACAGAUGCUAUUGACCAACAAAUUGCAACUGAUGGCUAGUGACAGUAUCAUUAGUAAUGCACAAGUGGAUCUGUGUGGAUGUUGCAGAGUAAUAGACCACUCUACAAUAAGCAGAUGUUAUUACUGUGAUCAGAUAUUAUGUAAUUCUUGCCUAUCUGCAUGUGCCAGAUGCUCAGAAUUAUUCUGCCAAAAUUGUUCCCUGUCCAUAUAUAAUCAUGAAGAACAAAAUAUGUGCCUCAGUUGUUAUGGAUAGUUAUCAAAGGAAAAGUAAUUUUGUAAAUCUCCUUUAACUGAAACUCUUAUGAUUUUAUUUUGUGUUGUGAUUUUGUAUUGUAUGUGCUUAAAUUAUUUAAAUUGUUAAUAACAUUUUAGUCAUAUAAAAAGAAUUCUAUUAGCGAUUAAUAUUUUUUUGCUUAAAUAGUAUUAAGAUGUAAGACACUCUGUGUUAAGGAUAUUAUAAUUUAAUUAGAUAUUUUAUAUAUUUUUAUAUGCCUGUAAUGAGAAACUAAGAAGAAUUUUAUUUAAAUAAUUAAAAUUAGCAAAUAUAUGUAACUUUAUUUUUAAAAGUGAUGCACAAGUCUAAUUCUGGAAAAAAUUGAUAACUUGGUUGCUGUGUGUGUACUUUACGAGUCAAUAUCAGGAAAAAAGGAAAAAAUAUAUUUUCAUCACUACAGGCGUUGUGUGAAGAAAUGAAACUAUAUUCUUAUCACUUUCAAAAUUAGCAACUUUUGUAUUAACAAAAUGAAUGCUUUUGAUAGAUUA